CGGCAACUCUAUCAGGGUGGAGGAGAGGACGAAUCAUGUGAGGUCAUCUCUCUCUCUCUCUCUCUCUCUCUCUCUGCAGAAUGAUCGAGGCUGUGUUCAAGGGAGCUCGUGCAUCACAUCAGCGCCGUCCUUCACUCAUCCGUCCUCCAAAGCAGACACGGAAGAAACUGUGUGUACAUGUCAAAAUGGGAUGUGGAAAUUCCUCUGCCACCAGCACGACAGCAGGAGGUCCAGAAGCUGUCAAGGAUGUGACAGAAGAACCUUUACCAGAUGAUGAGAAACGAAGGAACUAUGGAGGAGUGUAUGUGGGCCUUCCUGCAGAUCUAACCGCAGUGGCUGCCAGCCAAUCAAAAUCCACACGCAAAGACUGACUCCAGAUCAAAUGAAACUACAAAGCAACGGCCUCUUUAGAAUUCAAGCUGUGCAGUCGCUGAUUUACGACGGAUAUUAAGAUGUUCGAGGAUCGAGACGUUUUUGGAACUGAAACCAGAACCACUUCGGAAUGACAUCACCGUGACAUCAUACUGGCUGGCGUACAGAAGGGUUCUGUUUGGAACACUGAGCAUUAUUGUGACUCUGAAUGUAGGGACUGUUGCCAUGGUAACCGGCGACCGCCUGACCUCACGCUCCUCACAUCCUGGUAUUUUGGAUUCACCACGGCAGGGCAUUACCAGACACGAUCGACUGUAUGUCUCUGCAAUAACAAUACUUUUUUCUGACGCAUUAAUUAGAUAAGAGGAUCUGAAAAGGGUGGUGUAAGUGUAACCGCUUUGAUUCGACCUGCGCCGAGCGGGAUUCGAUCCAGCGUCUCUGGCAUGGGAGGCCAGGGGUGUAGUGAGGUUUACACACACAUCUCUAACUAGCUUGGAUCUGUUACACUCAUCCCCUAAACCUCACUCCCAUCCGGGUCACGGCACCAAAUGUAACCAGACCUACUUGACCCGCUUUGUGCGGGAUUUGAACCGGCGUCUCCGGCACGGGGAGAUAGAACUGCAGGGCCGCAGAAUUAUACGUCA